UAAUUAAUGCUGAGUUAGGUUAGGUUAUAUUAUCUCUGCUAACAAUAUUUUCUAUUUUGGUUAUUUUCAUAGGAGAAAACUGAUAGAAAUUCACCAUUUUUGCAAACAUAAUGCCGGAAUGUAAUUUCUCAGAAAAAAAACUUAAUUCUGAUACAUGCAAAAUUAUUGGAAAAAAUCAGUUAUAUCAAUAUGGUGUAUUUUCUGAUACCUUCAACAGAGAUAUCACAAAGUUCAAAAAUAAAUUAGCUUUUAUUUCCAAUAUUUUUGAUGAUCCUAAUGAACUCAUCACAUUGGAGACAAAGUGCAACGAAAAUGUUUCUAUUUUGAAUUUGGUGAAUUCUGAUAACAAGUUACUAGCUAAAAUGCUAGCUAGCUUAGCCUCUAUUUGUUAUGAGAUGAGCUUGAUUAUAGAAGAAGCCGAAGAAAUGUAUCAGCAUUUUGUUCAUCUUGAAGCAGUGACAAAUCAAUUCACAUACGAAAAACCAACAUUAAACUUCAUCCAGAAGUUCUUUGGAAAACUUCAAAAAACUUCAUCAAUUGUGUUUCGAUCUCAGCAUGUCAUACAAUUACUUCUAUCUCAGCUCAAUUCGUUGGUCGGUAACGGAUUUUAUUCCUCGAAUAGUGGAUCCAAUUUUUCUGAAAGUAUUGAUCACUUAGCUGAUCUCCUUGUUUGUCUUAUAGUCAUAGAGAAUUUACUUGACUCUCCGAUGAUAAGACAAUACUUUGGACAUUAUUUAAUUAUAGUGAAAAAUUUAAUGCAUGAUCAUAGGAAAUUCAGUUUUUCUACUGACCAAUUGAAAUUCUUGGAGAGAAACAUACAGGAUGUACAGAACAUGCUACUCACAGGAAAUAUAUUCCAGGAUAUUACGAGUUAUUGUGCUUCUACAUGCAUUUGCUUUCCUGGAGUUGCUUCAGAGUUUGCUGCCCAUAUAACAGAAAUACUGAAUGAAUUGGAUCAUGAUGAGGAUAGCAUCUUAUUCACACAAUUGUGGUUACAAGCUAAUGCACUUAUUGCAUUUUAUUGUAGCUUAUAUGGCGAUAUUGAAAAAAAAUUGGCUAAAAAAUUACUGGAAGUUAACAGAAAAAGAAAUUUUUGUACAUUAGCAGGAAAGAGAAUAUGGUAUUCCGAUGAGUUUCUUUUAAAACAAGUUCCAAUGUUUGCAAAAUAUAUAUCAGCUCAGAAUUUGAGCAUGAGAAUCAACACACUCAAUUCAAAAAAUCUGAACAUAAUGAAGGAAAGUCACGCCCUUGCCUUACAGGCCUCCUUAUGUAUGAUGAAUUUGGAAAGAGUAAUUAAUCAAGACAUGACUGCUGUCGAUCUGAAAAAUAUACAUGAGGCUACCGAAAUUAUCAUCGAGGCCAUGAAGAUUGUGAAAAAAACGAAUGAGCUCAUCAAAUGGAUUUUAGGACUACAUGCACUCCACAAUGUGCCUAUAGGGAAAUCACCAUUAUUAGCCUUCUGCAGAUUGAUUGAAAUCUUAAAAUGUUUCCAGUUGUUAUUAACAAAGAAUUUGAUGCCACAAACUUAUUUGAUUAUGCUUUUAUCUCAGCAUCUGACUUAUAAAGCUCUUUCCUUGGUAUUGACAGCCAAAAAAAAUCUCACACAGGAUAAGUCUUACAAACAAAAGCAGUUAGAUGUUAUCUCAGGUCUUUCAAUAUGUGAACAAGCUAUAAAAGGUCCUAAUACAAGAGAUCGGCUAUUAAUUGCAAAGUUAGCAUUAUCAGCAAGUGGGAUAUCGAAAGACACUUCCCAAGAAAUUAAAUAUGUGAUAAAUCGUCUUCAAUUAAUUAAUUCCAUACCCAGCCUAUUCAGUGAAACACUGAAUUGUUCUUUUCUAUAUGAACAUCUCGAAUCAUUGAUACCUACAUACUUCUCAAAACUUCUGGAAAAUAAAGCAGAUUUAUCAAGAUUUUAUUUAAUGGUGGCUGCAUUCGAUGACUGCUCAAGUUUGAACAAGGGGGCUGUUGAUACAAUUGAAGAAUUCAUCAAACAGAAUUUCUUGGAUCCUCUUAUACAAAAUGUUGAGACCAAUUUAAGGCUUCAAACUCACUUGCAUUUGGUUUUGCCACCGUCAGAUCCAUUUUCAAAUUACAUAUUCUUCAAUUUUUCAACAGCAGCACCUAUUAAAUUACAGAAUAAUCUCUGUAGUACAAAAAACGAGACUGAACAUUAUUUGAGUACGAUGUUUUACAACUUGACCACAGUUGUUCUUCACGAUUGGCAGACCUAUGGAGAAAUGAGAAGAUUAGCCAGCCUGCAAUACAAUCUUGAAACUAUAGAAGACAACCUUCCUAUGCAAAGAAUUGAACAAGGUCUGGAUGUUUUGGAAAUAAUGAGGAAUAUCAAUGUGUUUGUGAGCAAGUAUCUCUACAACUUGAAUUCCCAAGUUUUCGUUGAAGAGAAAAGUACCAAUAAACAUUUGAAUACCAUCAAUAUUUCUCAUAUUGCAAAUUCCAUUAGAACCCAUGGUGUUGGUAUUAUGAAUACUACAGUGAAUUUCACCUACCAAUUUUUACAAAAAAAGUUUUUCAUCUUUUCGCAAUUCAUGUUCGACGAACAAAUUAAAUCGAGAUUAUUGAAGGAUUUGAAAUAUUUUCAUACAAAUAAAAUGGAAAUAAAUCAAAUGUACCCAUAUGAAAGAGCAGAAAAGUUCAACAAUGGAAUUAAAAAACUUGGUUUGAAUGAGAAUGGUCAGAGCUACCUAGAUUUAUUCCGAAAACUUAUAUCACACAUAGGUAAUGCCAUGGGUUAUGUAAGACUCAUUCGAUCAGGAGGAAGAAGAUGUUUAGCUGAAGGAACUUGUUUUAUACCAGAUUUGAAGAAAAUCGAACAUAUUUCCAGUGAGAUUAUCAACGAAAAUAUGCCGGAUCUCACAAAAACAGCUAAAUCGAAGUUCGACCACGAGUUGAAUAUACUGCUGGAUAAUUUCGAGGAAGCCACUGAGUAUUUCAAAUUACUUGUUAAUGUAUUUCGACCUAUUUUCACCGACACAAAAAAUGUGCAUUUGAAAAAUUUCUUCAUCAUCAUUCCUGCUCUAACCAUCAACUUCGUGGAAAACACAAUAACCUGUAAGGAGAGAUUGAACAAAAAUAGAAAUGAUGCCGCUUUCACUGAUGACGGUUUUGCAAUGGGUCUGGCUUUUAUAAUAGAACUACUAGAACAAGAGGGUAAUUUCGAUUCGUUGCAUUGGUUUCAUUCAGUGAAAAACAAACUAUCGACACAGAAGAAGAAUGUUUUGGAACAAAGAAUGAGAGAAAAUAAAGAUGAUGAUAAACUUCAACAAACAUUAUCUUUGACUGAAAGGAGAAUAGCAACAUACGAGAGAGAGUUUCAACUACUGUACUGUAAUUAUAAAAGUGCACGAAUAUUUUUUCAAUCCUGAAAGAGAGAAGAAUUUAUCAUUAUUAUAAAAUGUGAUUAUAUCUGUUGUACUCCUAAAUAUAUUAUAAUUAUGUU